AUGGCCUCAAAUAGUCAGGACCAACAGCGCGAGAGCCAUCUCAUCUCACUCAAGGUCAUGCGUCUCUCGCGUCCCUCGCUCGUCACAGGACACAGUCUCUACUUUGGCUCACCCCACACCGCACCAUCGCCCUCAGCCGCCGAGACACCCUCUUCCCCACUGGGAGAGAGGCCCAACAUGACCUCAAUCCUCACAGACGCCCUCUCAGACCUCUCUCUCAGUCAACUGGAGCGGGUUCACCCUCCGUCGUCUGGCAAAGCUGUUCACCCAACCACAUCUCCCGAGGCCAAGCACUUGGACGCAAGGACAGGAGCAGAGGCGAAUACCGGCACUCUGGACAUUGGCGACUUCAGCGUGUCAGAGCUGCUGACCAUGCCUGCCUCCUUUGGCAACAUAUACCUCGGCGAGACUUUUACUUCGUAUAUCUGCGCCAACAACGAGUCGGCCCACCCAGUUCGCGAUGUGAUCCUCAAGGCUGAACUCCAAACGUCAACAUUGCGCUUCGCUCUCUCAGAUACCCUUGCCAAUCGACGCCGGUCACCGACGGAUUCGCCAUCUUUACCUCAAUCGCCACCAGCCUCGGGAGGCCAUAUUCAGCUGCUGGAGUCGGGAAAGACAAACGAGAUGAUCGUGUCGCAUGAGAUCAAAGAGCUGGGGAUCCAUAUCCUCGUCUGCUCAAUCCAGUACACCACCUUGGAUGGACAACAAAAGUCAUUCCGCAAGUUUUACAAGUUUCAAGUCCUGAACCCGCUCUCAGUCAAGACCAAGGUCAACCACUCGGCGCCUAGCUCGACAGCCCCACCUCAGGACCCCAAUAGCCAACAGUCAGGAACGACAACUCUGCAUGUCUCGAAUGGAGGACGUGUUUUACUGGAGGCCAUGGUCCAGAACGUGUCGGGAGUAACAAUGUGGAUGGAGCGGAUGCGUUUCGAAGUGGCGGACGCGUUCACGGUUCAGGACCUUAAUGUAGUGAUCGACGAGCAGGAAUCCGCCAAAGAAGACGACAAUAAGGCUGCAGAGGAAUCUACAGAGGCUGGGGCUGUGAGUAUCUUUGGCCAACACGAUUACUUUGCGCCCAAUGACGUCCGACAGUACCUCUACGUCCUCACACCCAAGCCCGGCAAGGAACUUUUUGCCAAAACGACUAACGUGCUCGGCAAGAUGGAUAUCCUCUGGAGAUCACAGUUCGGAGAGACCGGACGUCUACAGACAAGUCAGUUGACACGGAAACCGGCGCCACUGGAUGAGAUUGCAGUUCAAGUAGUCAAGAUCCCGGAGACAAUCCGGCUGGAGGAGAUCUUCUCGAUCGAGAUUGUGGUCAAGAACCAGUCGCUGGGCGGAGCCGGCUCAUCUCAACAGCAGCAGCAGCAACAACAACAACAACAACAACAACAACAACAACAACAGCAACAACAAGGUCACCACCCUGGACCUCCAGUGCGGCAAGGGAGUGCCUCCCAGUUCCCUCAGUCGCCAUCUCCUGCAGGAAUUGCAGGCUCGCUUGCUCGACCUCCAGCGGCGAUUGCACGAGGUGGCUACGUUCCUGCUACCCGUCCGGUCGAAACCCCAGCAGGCGCAACCAACCAACCACCUCCCCAACAACAGCAACAGAACCCAUCUGGCAUGCCUCAUGAUCAGAACGCAAUGAAGCUGAUGUUGACAGGAGUGAAGCAAAAAAUGGGCGCCAUCCUGUUGAGUGGGCCAAACAGUCGGCAACUGGGUGCUGUUCCUGCGGGCGGCGAGGUUCGGGUGCGGUUGGACUGGUUCCCAUUGACUAGUGGCGUGCAAAAGAUUGGCGGCAUCCGGCUUGUCGAUAUUAUCUCGGGCUACUCUGUUGAACUCGACCACUUGACUCAUGUAUUUGUCGAGCACACGUAA